AUGAUGGACACUGUUGAGUGUUUGAGCUCAAUGCCGGAGUUGCACACGGGCCUACUGCCUUUCGCACGGGUGGUGAUGGGCACACUGGGCGGGCGGUAUAUGUACCAACGCAACUCACAGCUGAGAUUCUCUUCUGUUCAUCAGAGUCCUCGCCUUCGUUCUCCAGGCUCGUAUACCAUGACUAUGGCAGCCAUCCAGAGUCUGCUGAUUCUUUCGCUUACGGCAUUCGCCUCUGCCAACCCUCGUCCCAGGGUGAAUGCACGCCAGGACGGCGGCGACUUCUGUGCAGGCUUCAUUACCGAUUGCUUAUCUACGGCAACGGCAACCACUACACCGGCAUAUCUUACUCAGCUCUGCGGUGCAGCAACGUCUCUGUCCCUCGCUACCAGGACUAUCACAAGACAACCACGAACCACGACGACAAUCACAGUGCCUCGAUCCACUGUCUACAGCCCAAGCGCAACAGAGACCAUAACAUCGACCUCGACCAUUGGUGCAACAACUACUGUUACGAGCAAUGUCACCGUCACGGCUGGUACCAGUCCAGUUCAUCUCAAUACCACUACUAUAUCCAUCACCAGAACCUCUUAUGACUACACUUGCUCAGGGACCGAUGGCCCGGUUGCCUCCCCGCCUACUACUAGUGAGCCGGCCACUACAGGCGUCGUCACAGUGGUCAGGCGCCAGAAUCAAGCUCCAAAUUGUGUCGCCACAUACCGAACAGAGUGUGGCAACGCUGUCAUCAGAACAGCCUGUAGUUCUCUAGGCUUCACAUCCGUCAGUACCAGGACAGUCACUCGGACCAGCACGGUCUUCACUGGGACGACAAGCACCGCUACACGAAGCAUCACUCGCGGCGUUAGCAUCGUGAACAACGCCACAACUAUCACGGAGAUUUCUACAUCCUCUCAGCUGAGAUCUAGCACAGAAGUUGUGACGAUAACGGUCCCGGCCACACCCGGCGUUAUCUCGACAGCCACCGUUUUUACAACAACAACCAUUACGACAGCCACGUCAGUUCCCUCAUCCUUCAGGAUCCUGAUCAGGAAUACCACCACAGGUGCCACCAGGGCCGUAGGCUCCCGUGUCAUUGACGGUGGCUGGGCACUCGCUGUUCCUGGCGAUAACACAAAUGGCGACAGCUUCACUAUUGACCCCGUUGGCCCCGGUAACAACCCCACUGGCCCCAACAAUACCCAUCUCGUCGACCUUAGUACCCUUCGUGCCGUUGCUGUCAAGUACAACGUCAAUGUCAGGCCCUACCUCCUCCUAUUCGCGGCAAGGGACGACUUAGUCAACAAUGGCGCCGUCACCGUCCCUUCGUUCUCCGCAUGCAAUGGACGACUUUUCGCAGACGUUCCAGGCGGCGCAAGAUCGGUAUUUGGAGUCUGCGAUGGAGUCUUGUCGCUGGGAGAUGACGGUGCAAGAGGGUUGGCCGGGUGUGAGAUCGUCGUGCCGGAGCUUGAUCCUGCUUCUGUGAAUAUCACCACGAGUGCUUCGCCUACCGGUCCUACGACUGAGGUGCCGACUGCACUGCCUACCGAUACCAUUGCAUCUUCCACGACUACAGAUACCACCACAACUCCUGCCGAUACCACUACUAGCAGCAGCAGCAGCAGCACUUCUGAGACCACGAUACCAACUGCUGAGCCAACGGCACCGGUGGGAGAUGGCGAUGGGAAUGGUGAUGUUACCACGCCUACAACACCCCCAAUCGGGGACGAUGUACCUACCGACAAUGGUGGGGAUACAACCACACGCGGUGUUACUCCACCUGUUUAA